UACCCUUUUUCUUUUCUCUUCCAUCUUCUCACCUGAUUGACUGUGGUCUAGUUACGUUGAGGUGUUCGCUGUAGAUUUUUAUUGAAUAUAGAACAAUGUUCUCCAGAUUAAUCAAACCUCAAGUUAUUUUAAACAUUCAACAAAAUGCAAAACAAUUAUCUACCUCAUCACAGAGGAGCGUGAAGGUAGCAGUAUGUGGCGCCAGUGGUGGCAUCGGUCAACCUUUAUCACUUCUACUUAAGGAGUCACCUCUGGUUACUCAGCUAUCGCUCUAUGACAUCGUACACACUCCUGGUGUGGCAGCUGAUCUUAGCCAUAUAGAAACAAACUCCAAAGUUACUGGUUAUGUUGGCCCUGACCAACUUAAGGACUCAUUGAAAGGCGUGCAGGUGAUCAUCAUCCCCGCAGGAGUCCCGCGCAAGCCGGGAAUGACACGAGACGAUUUGUUCAACACAAAUGCCUCUAUUGUCCGUGACCUCAUACAGGCUGCAGCAGAGGUGUCACCCAAGGCACUCAUCGGCAUAAUCUCAAAUCCUGUGAACAGUACUGUCCCGAUCGCAGCAGAGGUGUUGAAGAAGGCUGGAGUCUAUGACCCUAACCGCUUGUUUGGGGUUACUACGCUGGACAUUGUUCGUGCAAACACAUUUGUUGGUCAAGCCAAGGGUCUGGACCCAAAGGCUGUCAAUGUCCCUGUGGUGGGUGGACACUCCGGUGUAACAAUCAUACCCCUUAUAUCACAAGCAACUCCCUCUGUGUCCUUCCCCAAGGAUCAACUCGAAGCACUCACUGUUAGAAUACAGGAAGCUGGAACUGAGGUAGUCAAAGCCAAGGCGGGUGCAGGCUCCGCUACUCUAUCCAUGGCGUAUGCUGGUGCGAGGUUCGCGUUUGCCCUCUGCCGAGCCAUCAAUGGAGAGUCCAAUGUAGUUGAGUGCUCCUUCGUUCAGUCCAGUGUUACUGAAGCAAAAUAUUUCUCCACUCCAAUUUUACUUGGUCCUAAUGGACUGCAGAAGAACCUCGGCCUGGGUAAGCUGUCGGACUACGAGAAUCAGCUUCUGAAGGCUGCAAUUCCAGAACUGAAGAAAAACAUCCAGAAGGGAGAAGACUUCGUGAAUAAGAAGUGAAAUCAUUUAUAUAAGCAAACAAAUAUUUGAAGCUAGUCCGUCAAAAACACUUAAACAUUCGUGUUAGGAAGGAGAAGUGUAGUAUAUUUAUCAAACAUAAUGCUGUUAAUAAAACACUGAUGUUUUAACUGCUAUUUAUUUUUUAACAGUGUAAUGCGCACUAAACAGUUGUUAAAUUUUGUUAAGUUCAUUUUCAAUGUUGUUGCAGUUUACUCUAAGCAUUUUAUUUUAAUGGGCUUUCAGGUUCCAAAUACGGAAUAUUGUAUAGUACCUUUAAUUUAUGUAAUGUGCAUUUGAAUUGUGAAUCAAUUCUAACUAAGCCCAACAAUUUACAUAAUUUAUUUAAAUAUUUUUUCAUUUGGUACAAAAAUAAAGUUAAGUGUUAUGUUAAUAAAACAUGUUCAUGACAAAAAUUA